UUACUGUUGACACUCCUUGGAUUGCUCCUUAUUAUGCAACUCCGCACACGACUUUCCCAAAGCUCAGUAGACCGAAGGAAAAUACCAGUGCCUCUCCAUCACUGCGGGAACACACCUGAUGAGGCUCGUAAGUUAGGCUGUCGAUUUGAACUCCAUAACUUCGCAUGGGUACCGGCCGAGUGUUACGACGAUGUAUUGGGCGAUGACUGGGACUCGCAUGAUACUUGGUCGUACUCACGAUCAAUUAACGCCAACGACACGGAUGACGAGUUUGUGGCCGAAUGCCGUGCUGGGAAUGUGAAUGAUGCCUGGAUGCCUUGGUGGCAGCAUAUGGCACAUUGCGAUCUUAUUAUGAAAAAAUAUAUGCGCUCCGUGGCGUUUCAAAGACCAAUGGACAAUUGGACCUCGAGUUGGGAGCACUACCAACACUGCUCCCGCAUGUUGGCUCGCUUUGAUAUGGACCCGUUGCUCUACAACAGUCAUCUUUUCUUGAAGUUUCCAACCUGC